AUGCCUCAUAGCAUUCAAAUGAAAGACAGCAAAAUGAAUGUGACUGGAUUCAUUCUCCUGGGACUGACUCAGAAGCCUCAGAUACAGACAAUGCUAUUUUUGGUGUUGCUUAUCACCUACAUUGUCACAGUCACAGGAAACCUGCUGAUUGUGGUUACUAUAAUCUGCAGCCAGACUUUGAGCUCCCCAGUGUAUUUCUUCCUAGCAUUUUUGUCAUUGAUUGAUGCCUGCUAUUCCUCAUCCAUAAUUCCUAAAAUGCUGGCUGACAUAUUGUCAGAGACAAAGACCAUCACAUUCAAUGCCUGUAUGAUACAACUAUUUGUUACACAUUUCUUAGGCGCUUCAGAGAUUGUCCUUCUAGUGGUCAUGGCAUAUGACCGCUAUGUGGCCAUCUGUAGACCUCUGCACUAUGUCACCAGGAUGAACCACCACACAUGCUGCCUCCUAGUUGGAGUAUGUUGGGCAGUGGGUUUUCUCCACUCUUUUGGGCAGAUCCUAGUUACUUUCUGGAUCUCUUUCUGUGGUCCCAAUGUCUUGGACCAUUUCUUUUGUGACAUUUUUCCUCUGAUUCAACUGGGCUGCUCUGACACUUUCCUUCUUGGUCUCCUGGUCGCUGUCAAUGGUGGGGUGAUCCCUGUGAUCACCUUUGUAAUGCUGCUGAUGUCCUAUGCAGUAAUCCUUUGCUCCUUGAGGACUCGCAGUUCUGCAAGAAGGAAGAAGGCCCUUUCUACCUGUGGCUCCCACAUCACAGUUGUUGUGUUGUUCUUUGUGCCCUGCAUUUUCAUGUAUCUGAGACCAGUGGCCACCUUUCCCAUGGAUAAAGCCAUUGCAGUGUUCUAUACCCUUGUCACACCAAUGUUAAAUCCUGUUAUCUACACAGCAAGAAAUGCAGAGGUUAAACAUGCCAUUAAAAUAUUAUUGAAAAGGAAUACAAUCAUGGGUAAUAAAUAA